GAACGAAGAACAUCAAAAGAAAAUUGAUGAAGAUUUUGAAACGUGCGUAUAGUUUGAGUAGAUAAUAUUACUUAUUUAAUAAAAUAUUGAAAGAAAUAUUUCGAAACUUUUUUCCAGUAUGAGUUUUAGUGAAUCUGAAUUAAGUGACAGUGAUGCAGAGCUUCAAGAUGCAUUUUCCAAAGGAAAGCUGAAACCAGGACUCAACAAAUUGGUAGAAGCACCUAAACAAUUUGUUAAUAAUGUGGUAAGCAAAUACAGUAUUAAAAACGUGGAAGAAAUGGAUGAUGGUUCAACUAAAAAUAGUGAGGAACUUGCAAAAGAACAAGAAAUAAAAAUGUAUGUAAAAAGUGUAUUAAAGAACCUUUUUCAGUAGUCGUCGAAGUAACUG